GACCAUUUUUUGGCCUCUAUAUUUGGCCUUUCCUGUCCAAUGUCUACAAUGCCUUUAUUCAAUUUCUUUCACUGAAGUCUCUUUUCUGCCCAAAAUGGGUUGCUGUUUAAGCUCCUCCAAGAAACGCCACCGCAGGUCGCCGCCGUGUUCCGCCACAAACGGCCGAGAUCCACCGCCAUUAGAGGAAGAAACGGUCAAAGAAGUUCUUUCUGAAACACCCAUUCCCAAACCCCACCACCCACCACCACCACCUAAAGUCAUAAUCGACGACAAAGAAGCUGACUUUCCUCAAGUCAAAAUUGAAUCAACAGCUGUCGUUAAACCCAGAGAUGAAAUCAAGUUUGAAUCAACGGUUGUUGUUAAACCCAGAGAUGAAAUGAAGUUUGAAUCGGCGGUUGUGGUGAAACCUGAAGUGUCUGAAGAGCCUUCGGAGAUGUGUAGCUUCACUGAGAGCUAUUCCACGACGGCGACGGCGACGGAGAAGAGAGAGGAAGAUGGGGAAGUAACACAGAGGUCACCCAUUAGAGUAUAUAGGAAGAGGCAAAACACCGGAGAUCUCAACGGAGUUAGAGAGAGAAGCUUUCGUUCUCAGUCGGGAAGAUCGGCGCCUUCGCCUGAGAAAAGAAGAUCGCCGGCUUCGUCAAGGGGAGUUCAGAGGAGGGGAAUGCCGCAACAGAGACGCAAUGUAGGACCCCCAAAUGGGACCCGCAGAGGUCCCACUGACAAUGGGGUUCGGCGGUCAAAUUCUCCGGCGACUCGGAAUGUGAGAAACAGAAGUCCGGCGGCACGUGAAGCAGAAAAACCUGGUAGUCAAUCGCCGGCGAGAAACGUCAAGAAUGAGGGAAGUAGUCAACCGGAAAAAUCCAAAGAAGAAGUUUCACCGGAGACCGGCGAGUCUCUUGAAAAUCCUCUUGUUUCUAUGGAAUGCUUCAUUUUCCUGUAGAUUAAAGGAAGAAGAAGAAGACAAGUAAAACGCCGUCGUAUAGGCUGUUACAUGUUGAAGGAGUAUUUUGCUAAACUAUGGGGGUGGAAAAUUCAAAUUUCGUAAAUAUAAGGUAGUAUAAUGUAGUAGUACUAACUUUAUCUCACUCUCAAGUGUGACAUAUUUGAUUUUGUUCAACUUCAACUCAUUAUUUGUCAUGA